AUGACCCAGUCUGAGCUUCAGGUUAUCAUUGUGGGGGGAUCAAUCGGAGGCUUAACACUCGCGCAUUGCUUGCGAAGGGCCGGAAUUAACCAUAUUGUCCUCGAAAAGUCGAGCAGUCCGGCACCCCAGAUCGGGGCAUCCAUUGGCAUCUUACCAAAUGGAGCCCGAGUUUUAGAUCAGCUGCAGUUGUACGAUGAGGUUGAGGAUCACAUCGAACCGCUAAGCACGGCAAUUAUCGGCUAUCCUGACGGAUUCAGCUUCAGUAGCUCCUAUCCCAGAAUUAUUCAUAAAAGGUUCGGCUUCCCAAUCGCGUUUCUAGAUCGGCAAAAGCUACUUGAAAUACUCUACCGCGGGUAUCCGGAUCACAGCAAAAUUCGCCUGGGAGAAAAGGUGACAGCCAUUGAGACUUCCAGCAAGGGUGCUACGGUGACUACGGCCAAUGGCACUAUAUAUAGAGGCCAUCUCGUGGUUGGCUCGGAUGGUGUCCACAGCAAAGUCCGCCAAGAAAUCUGGAGAGAUAUCGAGAAAUUCAGCCUCAGCCCCAAGAUUACCAAGGAGAAGUCCAAGAACUCCUUGUGGGGACUGAACAAUAUGAUAUAUACAGGCCUCACAGUCGAAUUUCGUUGUAUCUUUGGCAUCUCAUCAGCCAUCAAGGGGUUGAAGGUUGAACUAAAUGCACUAUUCGAUGGUUUGACCAUUGUCACAAUUCAGGGGAAAAAUAGUCGUCUAUAUUGGUUCGUCAUACAGAAGUUGGACAAGAAAUACACAUAUCCCGCCUGCCCUCGCUAUUCGAACCACGAUACCUCCGUCGCAGCGGAGGAGUUGAGGAACAUACAGUUUUAUCACAAUCUUACCUUUGGACAACUAUGGGACAGUCGGGAAACUGCUUCUAUGACAGCUUUGGAGGAAAAUACCUUCGAAACCUGGUACCAUGGCUGA